CGCAUGUAUAACAUGAUGGAGACGGAGCUGAAGCCGCCGGGCCCGCAGCAAGCUUCGGGGGGCGGCGGCGGCGGAGGCAACGCCACGGCGGCAGCGACCGGCGGCAACCAGAAGAACAGCCCAGACCGCGUCAAGAGGCCCAUGAACGCCUUCAUGGUGUGGUCCCGGGGGCAGCGGCGUAAGAUGGCCCAGGAGAACCCCAAGAUGCACAACUCGGAGAUCAGCAAGCGCCUGGGCGCCGAGUGGAAACUUUUGUCGGAGACCGAGAAGCGGCCGUUCAUCGACGAGGCCAAGCGGCUGCGCGCUCUGCACAUGAAGGAGCACCCGGAUUAUAAAUACCGGCCGCGGCGGAAAACCAAGACGCUCAUGAAGAAGGAUAAGUACACGCUUCCCGGAGGGCUGCUGGCCCCGGGCGGGAACAGCAUGGCGAGCGGGGUCGGGGUGGGCGCCGGCCUGGGCGCGGGUGUGAACCAGCGCAUGGACAGCUACGCGCACAUGAACGGCUGGAGCAACGGCAGCUAUAGCAUGAUGCAGGAGCAGCUGGGCUACCCGCAGCACCCGGGCCUCAACGCGCACGGCGCGGCGCAGAUGCAGCCCAUGCACCGCUACGACGUCAGCGCCCUGCAGUACAACUCCAUGACCAGCUCGCAGACCUACAUGAACGGCUCGCCCACCUACAGCAUGUCCUACUCGCAGCAGGGCACCCCCGGCAUGGCGCUGGGUUCCAUGGGCUCGGUGGUCAAGUCCGAGGCCAGCUCCAGCCCCCCCGUGGUUACCUCUUCCUCCCACUCCAGGGCGCCCUGCCAGGCCGGGGACCUCCGGGACAUGAUCAGCAUGUACCUCCCCGGCGCCGAGGUGCCGGAGCCCGCUGCUCCCAGUAGACUGCACAUGGCCCAGCACUACCAGAGCGGCCCGGUGCCCGGCACGGCCAUUAACGGCACACUGCCCCUGUCGCACAUGUGAGGGCCGGACCGCGAACUGGAGAAGGGGAGAGCUUUUCAAAGAGAAACAAGGGAAUUGGGAGGGGUGCAAAAGAGAGUAAGAAAAAUCUGAUAUGCUCAAAAGGAAAAAAAAAAAAAAUCUCAUUACCCGCAGCAAAAUGACAGCUGCGGAAAAGACCACCAAUCCCAUCCAAAUUAACGCAAAAACCGUGAUGCCGACUAGAAAACUUUUAUGAGAGAUCUUGGGACUUCUUUUUGGGGGACUAUUUUUGUACAGAGAAAACCUGAGGGCGGCGGGGAGGGUGGGGGAAUCGGACCAUGUAUAGAUCUGGAGAAAGAAACUACGCAAAACUUUUUUUUUAAAGUUCUAGUGGUACG